CUGCAGCAUAUCUCUCGCACUGUUCGCGUAUCAACACAAUGGCGCCCCGCUGGCGACAACCGCGACGCGCGCCGACGUCUACGGCCGCGGCAGUGGUCUUCGGCCAAGGAGACCUUUUGGCACUCAUCUUUGGCUUCCAAGCUGGCCUCCCGAAAGCGCUCAGCGACGCCGUGCGCGCCUACCGCGACAAGCUCCGCCACGUGCACUACCUCGACCACCCGGAUCUGCGCGAGCUCACGUCACCGCCGCUGCUGCGCGGCUACAUACUGUGCCGCCUCGUCGCCGAGGCGCGGAUCUCCGAGGCGCUACUUCUUCUGCGCUUCUUCCCGCUUCCAAAGGACGUUCUGCUCCCGCGUCGGCUCGUGCCCUUGACCCUUGCCGACACGAUGGACAAUGCGGCGCGCGCCGGCAGUCUGCCACUGCUUCAGGCACUGCAUAGCCGCCGGUUUGGCCGCUGCACAUCGCUAGCCAUGGACGUCGCGGCCGGCGCCGGUGACCUCGCGAUCGUUCAGUUUCUGUACCACGAGCGUCGCGAAGGCUGCUCGGUAAACGCGUACGACGUCGCACAGCGUCACCCGCGCAUUCUCGAGUUCCUUGAGGCGCACCGCCCCGACCAACCGCGGGGCACGCGACGUUCGCAGCUCGGACGUCUCGCGGCGUCAGUGCUCACGACCCGGCCGUUGUUUGCGCGCAUCACGCAGUACCAAGACCAUAUUCCGCGCGCGCUUGUCGACGCUUUCGCCGAGUUUAGAGAGAAGUUGCAUCACAUGCACUAUCUGGAUCACCCUGGUCUGUGCCACUUGGCGACCGACAUAUCCCUCUUUCGCGGCUACGUGCUGUGCCGGCUGAUCCACGACGCCCGCGUCCCCGAAGCUCUUCUGCUUCUGCGAACAUUUGGCCAGCGUCGAGAGAUAAAGCUCCUCUCGGCCCUCCCAAACGAUCUGAAGCGAACUGUCGACAACGCCGCGGCCGCCAAAAGUCUCGCGCUUGUUGCGGGCUUGCACGAAUGUCGCUUUGGCAAGUGCACGUCGCACGCCAUGGACAUUGCGGCCGCCAACGGCGACCUCGCGAUCGUUCAGUUUCUCCACGAACACCGCACCGAAGGCUGCACGCGCCGCGCGUUUGAGAUGGCAGCCAAGCACAAGCAUACAGAGGUGCUGGCAUUUUUAACCGCGCAUCGGCCAGCGGACCAGGCGAUCGUGGCGGACACGCCGGCGUGCAUACUGCAAUAAAUGUCCUUCUGAUACUAUGAACAACGCUGUAUAUAUAAGAACGUGUUUCGCGUUAUCUUC